CGAAACAAAAUAGUGGAACAAAUUCAUGCGCAUUUGGCCUUUCAUCCGAAGAAAAAGAACCCCCUCCCCCCCAAACAUAAAGAAAUCCACUCGAGAAUAUUCGAAUCUCGCUUGCUGCCAUGGAUUUGGAAAGAAUUACGUUCAAUUCUUCAUUCAAAUCUUUCAGUUUUGACAUUGCUUCUCUAAGUUUUCACUCAUUUCCUGUACCCAGAUCUAAUUUUCGUAAUGUCAGCCACAAAAUCCAAAUGCGGCACUCUUCCCGCAAACCCAGAUCCAAAAUCAGCCACCAAACAAGGCACUUUUCCCGCGAACCCAGGUUCGAUUUCGGAUCUAUUCGGGAGCCAGAUGAUGCUAUCGCUCUAUUUCAGGAAAUGGUGAGAAUUCAUCCUCGCCCUUGUGUUAUUGAUUUCAAUAGAUUAUUGAGCGCUGUAGUGAAGAUGAAACAAUACUCUGUUGCCCUCCAUCUGUUCGUCAAAAUGCUUGCAAGUGAUAUUCCUGUAGAUCGCUACACCCUGAAUAUUGCGAUUAAUUGCUGUUGCGGACUGAAAAGACCUGGUUGUGGGUUUGCGAUUUUAGGCAGCUUUUUCAAGCUUGGGCAUGAGCCUGAUGCUGUAACCUUCACCACUCUCAUUAAAGGUCUUAUGUUGGUUGGAAAGAUCGUAGAGGCGGCAAAACUGUUUGAAAAGAUGUCGGUCGAAGCUAAUGCAGUUACUUAUAACACAGUGAUAAAUGGAUUGUGCAAAGCUGGACAUACCCUCCAGGUGCUUGAUUUGCUCAGGUUAUGGGAAAGAGGAAGUUGCAAGCUCGAUGUUAUUGGUUACAACACAAUAAUUUAUCAUCUAUGCAAGAAUGGAAUGGUUGACGAUGCUCUCCAACUCUUCUCCACCUUGGCUGAUAAGGCUAUUUCACCUGAUGCUUUGACAUAUGGUUCCAUGAUUUGGGGGUUAUGCAAUUUAGGGAGAUCGAAUGAAGCUGGAAACAUGUUAAAUGAGAUGGUGGCUAAUGAGGUCUACCCAAAUGUGAUUACUUGUUCUGUUCUGGUGAAUGCUUUUUGUAAAGAGGGAAGAAUGGAAAAGGCGAAUGGUAUUUUGGAACUCAUGAAUCAAAUAGAUGCUCAACCCAACAUUAAAAUUUACAGUGCAUUGAUCAAUGGAUAUUGCUUGCAAGGUGAAAUGAACAAGGCCAUAAACAUGUUUGAUUUAGCAGUGAAAUCCGCCAUCGAUCAUAAUAUUAAAAGCAACAGUACCUUGAUGAACGUGUAUUGUAAAAUGGGACGAGCGGAUGAAGUUUCGCGUCUUUUUAUCACAUUUCUUGCAAAAGGGUUGGAGCGCGAUGUUGUUUCUUAUAGCAUCAUGCUACAUGCCUUAUUUCGUGAAGGAAGGUGUGAAGAUGGUUUGAAUUUGUUCAAAGAGAUGGAGGUUCUACAACUUUCUCCUAAUAUAAUAACUUACAAUAUCAUGUUGGAUGGCUUGUGCAGUGCUUGUCGCAUUAGUCAAGCAUUUUCGAUGUUGCAUACCAUGGAAGAUGUAGGCAUCAUUCCCAACAUAGUAACUUACAAUGUUCUAAUUAAGGGAUUGUGCAAUUAUAAUAAAGUUGACAGGGCAAAAGAUCUUUUAGACGAGCUUCCAUCCAAAGGUUUGCAGCCUACAGUCGUAACAUAUACAAUCCUUAUUGGUGCACUUUGCAGAAAAGGGCGGAUAGAGGAGGCAAAAGUCUUACUGAUUCAAAUGGUGGACAAUGGUUGCUUGCCUAAUAGAGCGACUUACAAUGUUUUUGUUCGAGAACUUCUCAAAACGAACAAGAUGCCUAAAGAUGCUUUGCCGCUCUGGGAAGAGAUGAACUCAAGGGGCUUUAUACCUGACACCACUACUUUGCCACUCUUGGAAGAGAAUAAUUCGAGGAGCUGAACACUUGAUGCCACUACUUUUUCAAUGCUACUUGAAGAGUUUGGCAACGGAAGGCCGUGAUAGUGUUCUCUUUGAUAAGGUUAUGAAACUCGUACUGAAAAAUAUCUAUUCUGUUUCUGAUUGACAUGAGAAACCAUCCAUGGUAUCCAAUUUAUCAUCAACAAUUAUAAUCCUCAACAUCCACCAUUUUAGAUUUUUAAUUGA